AUGAUCCGGCCCGGGGAGACUCUCGGAGCUGAUGAUGCUUUCAUGUUUAUCUUCACCGCUAGCGGCAUCGAGCUCGACGAGAAGAAACUACCAAACGCCACCAAAUGGGCGCGGUAUGCUAUCUUCUUCGCUGGUGGGAUGAAACUAAAAAAGUACCCAAACGACAAGCUGGUCGAAGAGCACGAGCACCAUAGCCAGUGGAACUCAAUAUAA